GCCGGUUCGUAUCAUUCGCUUGGUCGGGAGGAACACGGUAGAAGAGGCAAUUCUAGCGCGUGCAGACGCCAAACUUAAACUUACCGUGCAAGUUCUCGGUUCGGCGGAUACAGCCUUAGGUAUCGGUGAGAAGAACGCAGCAAACGGGUCGGUUGAAGAGGUAUGUCAUAUGAAGUUCGGAGGUGUCGGUUUUUGUUGUACAGUUGUUCUAUCUGGAGAUGUGUACAGGUGGACUUUUGUUUGUACAUAA